UCCACCAAACAAUGGAAUAUACGAAGGCGUAAAGUAUACAAGCAGUGAGUCCUACAGCGAGAUUCGCAACAUCGGUCCGAUUCGUUGCUUUCACGAAUGUUCCCUGUUUACGGGGUGCACAUUCGUAAAUUACGAUAAAAUGCAGUUCAUCUGCUACCUCUUCAAUACGGAAUUAAAUGAAACUUCUGUAAAGCCAGACGUCGGGUUUGCAAUAAUGCACAAUAUCAGCCAAGACAAGGAAAUAAUGGGUCACUGUUUGAAUCAUGCAUGUAAAAUAAGAGAACAGUGUAUAUCGCUCAGAAAUUCUUCAGCAUGUCUAAGAUCAGGUUGUCGACAUAGACACUAUUUACUCGAUGAUAAGAAAAGGAUUUGCUACAGAAUUGUAGAUACAGUUAACCUUACAUGGUCAAACGCAGAAAAAUACUGUAAAAAUGACGGUGGACAUUUAAUAACACUAGAUGUGGAGGAUAAAAAUGGCUUUAUAUCUAAUGCUCUUCAAAGUUGUCUGACUUGA